GCUUUUUGUAUUCAAUUAACGGCAUUGACAGUUUGCCUGUAGGUAAAGUGAAUGUUGAAAAUCUGUUUCAACCCAAAAAGAAAGUUAACAAAAUUUUGUGAACGCACUUCUGAUUUCUAGACGAUUUCGCCUAGAAAUUAUACGAACAAUGUCAAGAAGAAUCACCAGAUCGCAAACCGUUUCUGUGGAACAGGCGCCAGUUUAUAGGUUUCUAAUAAACCGAAAAUCGUCAUCGACAAGAAAGUCUUGUCAACCCUUAACACCGAUCACCAACAACCGGAUAUCGCCAAAUAAAAGCGCCUCUAAAGAACAAUGUUCGGAACAAAAAAAGACAAAACGUGUGCAAGUGGUGCCGAACCCCACAUCUCCAUUGAAAAAAAAGUCAGCUGCUGCUGAAAGAAAAACUCUGUCCAACGUCAAACGUAACUCAAGUUCCAUUGACUUAAAAUUAAAUCGAAAUGCUGUGGAACAAACUACUGCCAUCACAUUGACCUCAUCUCGAAUAAUGACAAGAUCCCUAUCCGUUUUAUUGGCGAAAGCACCGGUAAAUAUUGGAAGACGAAAGUCUGAACCAGCGAAUAUUUUCAAUCAACAUUUAGCCAAUCAGAUUACAUCGAAGAAUGUUACUACAAACGCUCCCAUUACUCCAUCGAUCUCAAUAGAAACGAGUACUGCGUCGAAGAAAUUACAAACUGCUACCAAAGUUAAGACCUUACUCAACAAUAUUACCACGUCUACUACUGCUAUCACAUGGAACACAUCUCGAAGAAUGACCAGAUCUCAAUCUGUUUUGUUGGCGAAAGCACCAGUAAAUAUUGGAGGACGAAAGUCUGAACCAGCGAAAAUUCUCAACCAAAAUUUAGCCAAUCAGCUUAUAUCGAAGAAAAGCGCAACAAAAGCUCUCACCACUCCACCGAAUUUACCGGAAAGGUGUUCUGCACCGAAGAAAUCACAAACUGCUGCCAAAGCCAAGACCAACGAUUUGUCCGAAACAGCAAAAAUUGAUGACAACGUAAAUGUCUUUGCAACAGAUUCCCGCGCUGAUGAAACUCAACCGAUGCUUUCCACAUCUAUAAAAGCUGCCUGCGGCACACCUCGAAGAAAGGCCAAAUCACAAUCUGGUUCAUUGGCGAAAGCACCAGUAAAUCUUGAAAGACGAAAAUCUGAAUCAGCGAAAAAACGCAACCAAAAUUUAGUCAAAUCGUGCUUCGGCAUCACUACAAAAGUUGUCACUACUCCACCAACUUCUCCAACAGUUGCUACCGAAGUGACAAUAGAAACCGGUAAUGCAUCGAAUAAAUCAAAAUCGGCUUCUAAAGCUAAGAGCUUGUCCAAAAAUGAGCCCGUGAUUGAAACUAUUCCUGUCGAAGGAAAAUGUGUAUUGACAACUAGACUCGACGACAAUGGAAAUCCUGCAGAGAAUGAUUCGCAGCCUGAAGAAGCUGAUCCGGUUGCACCUUCUUUAAAUUUGCAAUUAAUUUCGGAUACCACUGCAGCAACCGUCUCUCCAACAUCCAGUAUUCGGCUUCGUCGCAGUACCCGCAGUUCAAAAGGUUUAAUUCCAAAAAGGCACGAAGAUGUAACUCGUAAAAAUGAUUCUCCGAGUGCAGCUAGGCCAUUCAUAGUUUCACGUAGACGGCACACAGUGAAUUCAUUUCAAUCCACAACUGAUGCAGUUGUCGCUAACGCUUCUGUUGAUGACCAAGGAACGUCGAAUGAAAAUAUUACGACCGAUGUGCAGUCGGAUAUAAUUAAAAGGCCUAUGAAUACUAAACCUGCGUUAAGAAAAGACAGAUCAACAACUGACAUUAAUGCAAAUUCAACAACUGAUGAAAAUGUCUCUAUCGUUUCUACUGAGAACCAAGGAAAGUCCACUAAUCGUGCAAGUACAAAACCCGCGAGUGCAAAAAAAAUCCCUGCUUCAACCAAGAUUAAAAAUAAAGAAAAUGAAGCCGCCUUUAUCAAAAUACCUGAUGGUCUGCGGCAAAUUUUAGUGGAUGAUUCGAAAUUCAUAAACACGUCCAAAAGACUUUACGAAAUUCCAUCUGACUUUAAUGUAGCCGAGCUGGUCGACGAAUAUGUUAUGUCAGUUGUUGAGAAUGAAGCGUCCAAUCCGUGGAACUCAACACCAAUGUCUUGCGGCGUCAUAUUUGAGGGUAUCAUUGAAUAUUUUGAUACGCUCAUUGGCAGACAGUUGCUUUAUGAACCAGAACGCGAUCAAUACACGUUGAUAAUGAAUAAUUAUCCCGGAGUGGCAAUGUCGAAAAUAUAUCCGCCGAUAUAUUUACUACGGCUUUUGGUUCAAUUGAACAAAUUGCUACACUACAAGGAUGCAUCCAAAGAAACCAUGAAGUUUUCCAUGGAUCACUUGCACAAGUUUAUCAACUAUUUGACUGACAAUAAGUCUACAUUCUUCAACACUUCUUGAUAACCAAGUAACAUUUUCCGACAUUUUUUUCAUUAAUUUUGAUAUAAUUUUAAGUUACCUGAACAUGAAUUACUUAUUGAA